CUGUCCCGCAGACGCAGUCUCUCUGUCUGUGAUUCUGUCUGUGCUUCACUGUGCAGGCUGUUUAGGUGCUCGGAGCUGCACUCGGUCCUCAGAUCUGGUCUUGGUUCUGCUGAGCUCUUGAGAAUCAGCAUCGGUUCGUGCUGGACUCUAACAUGCUGCUGCUGUGAUUGACACUUUGAUUGACACUUUGAACCUCCGGUGGCUGCUGGGAAAUAAAGCCCCUUUCUGUGCUCAGUCUGUCCGUUAAAACGUCUCUGCCGCUGGAGAAAUGUCAGCCGUCCGCUCGGACCAGAUCCACACCGGUGAGCAGGACCGAACCGGAGCCGAGACGGAGCAGCAAGACGCCGAGAUCCUGCCAUCGCAGACCGUGUUUGUCAUCCUGGACUCGGCUGACACACUCAACCUGGUCCGGGUGGAGUCUGGUAUCGUCGCAGACAUUGAGGUCGACAGUUUGCUGCCGUCAGACUGUGACACCUUCUACCAGAUCAAGAGUCAGCCAAUCAGCAUCAGCACAUCAGCCGCAGCUCCCUCCUCUUCCUCCUCUUCAUCUUCACUGCCGUCAACAAUGUCAUCAAGGGUUUUGAUGCGUCAGGAUUUGAUGCGUCAGCAGGCUCUGGAGGAGGAGCAGAAGGAGGCGCAGAAGCAGCUGCUCCGCUCGGCUGACUCGUCCUCCCCCAUCUCUGUGUCUGUGUCUGCCUCCUGCCAACCCCCUGCUCAGGUCCCUGUGGAGGUGCUAAAGGUGCAGACUCACCUGGAGAACCCCACCAGGUAUCACAUCCAGCAGGCUCAGAGGCAGCAGGUCCGUCAGUAUCUCUCCACCGCGCAGACCGCUGCCACCUCCAAGACAGCCAAUCAGGAGCCAGCGCCAAUGCCAAGCCACUCCCCCCAGCUGGACCCCGCCCCCAAAUUACACCCUGCAGACAACACCCGGAAAAAGGAGAUGGAAGAGGCGGUCAUCAAUGACAUCAUCAGCCUGGAAUCUAGCUUGAAUGACGAGUUUCUGACGCUGAUCGACUCUGGACUGCAGAUCGCCAACACGCUGCCGGUGUCGGGGAACAUGCUGGACGUGUACGGUGGCAGCAGAGGAAUGGCCACGCCCACCGUCACCAUUAGCAACAGUUGCCCGGCCGACCUGCACGUGAAGAGAGAGCUGAGUGGUGAGCGUCAAACAGACUUCUAUACUCAUGUGGAGGCCAAAGCUCUGAUCAAAGAGAGACAAAAGAAAGACAACCACAACCUCAUUGAGAGGAGGAGGAGGUUCAACAUCAACGAUCGCAUCAAAGAACUCGGAGAUCUCAUCCCCAAAUCCACCGACCCGGACACGAGGUGGAACAAAGGAACCAUCCUGAAGGCGUCGGUGGAUUACAUUCGCAAACUACAGAAAGAACAACACAGAGUCCGAGAGAUGGAGGAGAGACAGAGGAGGCUGGAGAACACCAACCACUCCCUUCUGCUACGCAUACAGGAGCUGGAGCUUCAGACUCGCCUCCACGCCUUCUCUUCUUCCUCCUCCUCCUCACCUCUCCCCACCUCCUCCUCCUCCUCCUCUUCUCUGGACCCCCAGGCCCUGCUCUCCCCACCGCUGCCUCACCCCUUCUCCUCCUCAUCCCCCUCCUCCUCCCUGGUGACCCCCUCCCUAGGUCUGGAUGCCCUGAGUUUCGUGGAGCUGGACGAGCCUCAGGGAGCCUCCACCGUCUUCUCCCCGGGCCUGAUGUCUGACAUGGGGGGACUGACAGAGCUCCACAGCCUGGGAGACAUCCUGAUGGAGGAGGGGGGAGGAGGGGUGGUGUCGGACCCCCUGUUGUCCUGCGGAGCCUCAAAGACGAGCAGCAGGAGGAGCAGCUUCAGCAUGGACGAGGACCUCUGAUGACAUCAUCACAUGCAAAGGGAUCCUAUUGGCCACAGCUGGAGGCAGUUUUUUUAAUUCAAUAGAACAAUUUUUAAUCAGUGACAUCAUCAAAAAACAAACAACGCACAAACGUGACAUCACAGGAACGACUGUGAGUCCUCCAGACUAACCGUGGUAACACUGAGUCCUCCUCUGUAACCACGGCAAUUGCUUCCUCCUAUAGGGUAACCAAGGUAACCACUGUGUCCUGUUCAGUGUCGUCUCAUCCUGUGCAGCCCAGAAGCUGAUUGGCUGAUAAUGAACACACCCACAGCUGCUGCGUGCUGCUGGUCUGAGCUCCAGGUGUCUGCAGGUGAUCAAUAACUCUGUAUCAGUUCAGCCAAAAUGAAAAAUCAGUUUGAAAGUCAGAAAUUGAGAAAAGCUAAAUGUUCACGUGAGUUUCAGUUCCGGAGGUUUAAUCAAUCAUGAUCAAAGUUUCAAAGAGUUUUAGGCUCCAAACUUUUGUAUAAAAAUCUCUAAAAGUUUUGUGAUGUAGUAAAGAACAUCGACAGUUGAAUUAAGCUUGAAAAUCUGAAUCAGAUUUAGCCUCAUCUCAUGGAACCAGGUCCUCUACAUGCAGACCAAAACCUGGUCUAAAGAUCUGCUUCUUUAUUUCUCUAAACUUUUCUGAGAAACGUUCCUCUGCUGUAAAUCCCUCUGUGACGUUUUAGAAUGAUUUCAGUCAGAGUGAAUCAGUUUAACUGUUCAGUUUCAGAGUUUCUAUGUAACAAACAGCAUCAACAUGUUCACCUGCAGCCACACAUGACCACACCCCAUCAGUGAUGUCACAACAGAUGAAACCUGAAAAGUAGAAAACAGAUUGACGUUCUUUACUGGACUGAUUCAUUGGUCUGACCUCUGACAAGUUUAAUCAGAAGGUGGCGCUGUGGACUCGUCAGCAGACACACAGUCUCUGCAGGUGUGAACUCACCUGUGACACCUGUGCUGGUCGCACUAAAGAAGGAAGAAAUUAAUUAAAGAUGUUAUUUUGGAGAUGUUACAGAUGAACAGAGGAAAUGAGCCUUAGCUGCAGCUCUGGAGUCAGUUUGUGUUUUCAUUCGCCCGUCCCUUCGGUCCUGUAAAUAUCAGUAUGUACAUAAACACAUGAAUCUAUAAUGACUGUGCAGGAAACGGGGGGGUUGGGGUGUUAGCGGACUGAUCAGUUUCACUUUAUCUUUUAUUACUGAUGUCUGUGAUUUCUGUUCAAUACGAGCUGCAGAGGAAAAAGAAGGGAAACUGUAACUCAUCAUCACCACCUGCUCUCAUUUAAAGGACUGGAACUUUCUCUAAAUCCUGUCAUUCACAUCCGGCUGAUCAUUUUCCAAAUCAACCAUCGCUUUUUCAACUGAUGUGUGAAAAUCAACAAUGUCAAUGUGAUGAGUCAAUGUUUGAAUACUUUCAUCAUUUACAUGAACAUUUACAUUUUUAUUCACUUUUAAAAUGUCUUUGUGUCGAAGCUUCAAACUCCAUUGUUUAUACAAUCAGCUAUAUCUAAGACCAAGCUAACUGUUAGCUGUAGCUUUUUGUUAGCUGUUAGCUGUCAUCUACCAACUCUACAGUUCAGACAAGAGCAAGCCAACUUAUCAUCUGAUUUGUUCAUUUGCUGUUAGCUGCUAGCUGUCCUCUCCACACUCUACAGUUCAGUCAGUUAGUUAGCUAACUAAUACACUGUAAGAGCUAACUAUCACUACUGUAUGUAUGAACUGUACUGUUGAGCCAACUGCUAAGUUAGUUAAAUAGUAGCUAGAGUUGUCUUUUACCUGAACUAGUCCAUAGUCAACAGCUAGGUUAGCUAUCAGAAACUGACAAGCUAGCGGUUAUUAAACAACAAACUCUAACAAAGCAAUGGUAACUGUUAGCUAUAGCUGCCAAUACAUUUAUCUAUGAACUCUCUGAAAUUCAUAGCUAACUGCUAGUUACCUCGCUGAACUUCAAGCCUUAAUAUAACUUAAAGGAGUGAGUUAUAUUAAAGAUUCAGUUCUGUACAGUUAUCAUCAACAAUGAAAUUAGAGACCAAAACUGUUUUUGUACCAGGCUGUAAACAUGUUUGUUUCUGCUGUAAAGCUGGGCAUUUUAAUGUGAGGUCUAUGGGGAUUGACUUGCUUUUGGAACCAGCCUCAAGUGGCCAUUCAAGGAACUGCAGUUUUUGGCCUCAUUUUUCAGCUCCGGAGGUUGUUGCUUGCUGCUGGCUACAGUGUCACCCAUCAGAAAUCUGGAUCAGAUCAAAACUUUGUCUAAAAAGGGAUUUCUGUUUGUCUCGUACUGAUUUAUGACAUUUCUGUUUACAAACAUACAGUUUAUAGUUUACGUGAGCAUGUCGUCUGAAUGUGAUCUCAGUAUGUUUCGUCGAGCAUCAUGUCUGUUUUUAUAGAUUCUUUCUGUUUCAGAUUCAAACUUUUAUAUAUAAAUAAAGUCAUGAAAGAAAACCAGAUUUAGUCUUUUAUG